AUGGCGUCCGUGAAGCUUCAAAUAGGCGUCGCCGGCCUCGGUCGGAUGGGCAAAAGACACGCUCUUAAUUUUCUGCAAAACGUCCCACGUGCCUCCUUGGUUGCCGUCAGCACCCCCGACCCUGAUGAGCGUCAAUGGGCAAAGGAAAAUCUCGCUCCCCACGGCGUAGCUGUGUAUGAAAAGUACGCAGACCUCGUAUCCCACCAGGGCCUCACGGCCGUUUGCGUGGCCUCUGCUACUGCAGUACAUGCCGAGCAAGCUAUUGCUGCCAUUUCGGCAGGGAAACAUGUCCUGUGUGAGAAACCGCUUGGCAUAUCAGUUGAAAUUUCCUCUGAAUUGUUCUGGUCAGGAAAUCGAUCAUCUGCUUACACCCUCCAGUCUCAAACUGUCGUCGAUGCUGCAGCUGCUCGGCCAGACUUGAAGGUCAUGUGUGGCUUUUCCCGUCGCUUCGAUGCCUCAUACCGGGAUGCUCAUUCUAAGAUGCAAUCAGGGAUGAUUGGGCGACCAUCUGUGCUUCGAAGUCAGACCUGCGAUGUUUUGGACCCGUCCGGCUUUUUCGUUGCAUACGCUGAGUUCUCAGGUGGAAUCUUCGUCGACUGCAGUAUCCACGACAUCGAUUUGGCGUUGUGGUUCUUUGGGGAGGACGCCAAGGUCCGAUCAGUACAUGCAGUAGGAAUAACAGCGGUAGAGCCUGACCUACGCAAGUAUAACGACCGAGACAAUGCGGUCGGUGUCGUGGAAUUUAACGAUGGCCGGAUCGCUUAUCUCUACGCCUCUCGCAUGAUGGCUGCUGGCCAAGAGGAUGCAACAGAAAUCAUUGGGACCAAGGGUAAAUUGACGGUGAACAUGGUCCCGACAGAGAACCAUGUACGGAUCUAUCAGCCAGGAGGGAUCCGACAUGAGCUGCCUCAGAACUAUUGGGGCAGAUUCCGCGCUGCUUUCACUACAGAGGCCAUUGAGUUUACGGACUCUGUGUUGAACGAUACCCCAGUGCCUGUCAAGUUGGAAUCGGCGGUCACAGCAGUACGGAUAGGUGCAGCAUUGCAAAAGUCGAUGAUUACGGGGGAAAAGAUUGUCUUUGAUGACUCUGGUUCAGAAGGCCACAGGGCUCGACUGUAA